CCUUCCAGAUGUGUCGCUGGCCAUUGUAGCCGCAACAAUGUCUUCCCCACUUUCUGCCGAAGAUGAAGAUAUCUUCGAGCGUCUUCAACAGCGUGCCGACCCGAAAGUUCUCGAGGAGCAGCAGCAGGCCGUGAAUGAGCGAAUACACGCCAUCUACCAGAAGGCACAGACCCGUCUUGGGGAAUUGAUCGACCAAAACUCCACCCUUCCAUGUGCCAUUUCCUCUGUUCAAGUUCUUAACGCACACCACACGCGCAGGGGCUUUCUUGAACGGAUUUUUAACCCUCUUUUGAGUUCUAACCAGAAGAAGCUUUACACUCUCUCUGAAGCCUUACGGGAAGUCUCGGCACGUGCCGAUAGACUAAGUAGAUUUGACAUUUUCCAGCAACCAGUGUCUGUGUACUUGGAUCAAUCGCCCGAAGGAGACCCACAAACGGGACUCCCAAAUCUUGACGUGUAUGUAUCGGUCAAAGAGAAGUCUCGUGUUCUACUGAAGACCGGGACCGAUCUCGGUAACACGGAGGGAUCCGCAUAUGGCAAUCUUCUCUGGCGGAACGUGUUUGGCGGUGCCGAAAACCUAAAUUUGAACGCUUCACUGGGUACUAGGACAAGGUCUGCCUACCAAGCAACAUUUGAAACACCUAUUCUGAGUGACCCGGAUUUCCGCUUGGAAAUUGGCGGCAUCGCCAGCUCUACUCAAAAGGCCUGGGCUAGUCACGAGGAGGUCUUGAAAGGUGGUUGGAGUAAGCUCCGGUGGAUGAGUCAGUCUGGCCAUCGCCAUGAAGUCGGGUACAAUGGUUUUUGGCGGCAGAUGACUGGGCUAGCGGAGAACGCAUCCCCAACAGUCCGAGCAGACGCAGGUGAUAGUGUGAAAAGCAGCAUCUUUCAUUUGUGGUCCAAAGACUGCAGGGAUAAUGGGCUUCUUCCAUCUCGUGGCUACUAUGCUAAAGUUUUCAAUGAGCUAGCCGGUUGGGGUCCGCUAAAGGGAGAUGUAUCUUUUUGGAAAUCUGAAAUUGAAGCACAAAAUGCAAUUCCAAUUCCAGUGCCUGGCAUCGAAGGCGAUAGUGGUAUCAGCUUUACCACUGGAUUCCGUGCCGGUCUCCUUUGUCCCCUUGGAAUGGAUGCCGAUCACAGACUCCAACUUUCGCGCACUAAUGAUCGCUUUCUUCUCGGAGGCCCCACGGAUGUUCGUGGUUUCCGCCUCUGCGGCCUUGGGCCUCACGAUGGAGCUGAUGCUGUGGGAGGAGAUGUAUAUGCUGCAGGGAGUGCAAACUUGCUCCUUCCACUCCCCCGAGUUGGUGCGGAAAAACCCUUGCGGUUUCAGGCGUUCGUGAAUGGCGGUCGUCUAUUGCCACUGCGAACCGCACAGAAGAGCGCACCUGCUACAGGCUCAGAAGUGAAGGAUGCCAUGGUUUCUACAAUUUCCGAGCUGGGUAAUGGAAUGCCUAGCAUCGCAGCAGGAAUUGGACUCGUGUACGCUCAUCCAGCUGCUAGGUUCGAGCUGAACUUCUCUUUACCACUGGUGCUAAGGAAAGGCGAAGAAGGCCGUAAAGACAACUUCUGCUUUCAUCACUCGGCCCCAAUGGCCCAAUACUACCCGCAACAACAGCCCUACGGAUCCCAGGCUUCUGCACAGAACCUUCAGUUUUAUCCUUCUUCCUACGGUUCUGUGUCUGGCCAUACAACUCCCUCUCAAGCUUCCUAUGGUGGCUUUAGUGCAGGCCCUAACCCGGCUGCUCAGGCGUACCCCAUUGGAGGGGUUGGUGGUGGAUAUGGCGGCUUUGGGUCUCCAGCCACUGGUGUUAGUGGGCGGAUGGGCGAACAGGGUGGGUUGAGGACUGGAUGGCUUGCUGCAUUCGGUACAGAGGGAUAUGAGGGGGAACCGCCGUUGUUGGAGGAGCUGGGGACUUUGACAGUGCUCAACCCUUUCGCCCGGAUCGACCAGCAUCUUAUGGAUGACAGCGAUCUCUAUGGCGCACUGCUUUACAUCGUCCUCUACGGAACAUUUCUCCUCCUUUCUGGUAAAGUCUUUUACGGUUAUAUCUACGGUGUUGCAGUUUUCGGCACUGUCGCUUUACAUUUAAUUCUCAGUCUUAUGUCUCCGGCCCUCGAUACUGCCCCGGCGCCUAAUGCUGCGGACCAGGCCAACUACGACCCUCAUCACAAACCUUCGUAUUCCGAGGCCUCGGCCGCCGGUCAUUUCUCGGCCACAUUGACAUUCCCUCGCUCUGCUAGUGUUCUGGGUUACUGUUUCCUACCGCUUGUGCUGACUAACCUUGUUGGGAUAAUGAUCCCUAUGGACACUAUGUUCGGGUACCUGUUGACUACAGCUGCCGUAGGGUGGUGUACUUACAGCUCCUCCGGAAUGUUUUGCGCGGUUGCGCGGAUGCGUGGGAUGAGAGGCUUAGUAGCGUACCCAUUGGCGCUUUUUUACGUCGUUUUCGGGAUCAUGGGGAUUUUCUCUUCACGCGGAAGUGGGAAUUUGGCUGCAAAGACGGCUGCAACUUGA